AUAUGAACGUAUAUAAAUUGACUCUUUAAGAUAUUCAAAUAUAUCUGCCGUGUCCGAAACACCAACCAUCUCAAUCCCACGACCUUAUAUUAUAAUACAAUUCAACAUCAUUAUAAAAAUAACAAUUCAAUUAUGUUUUCUUCUUCGAAACACACACAUAGACACAGUAUAAAACCCUCUUUCAACGUACCAUAAAAAUAUCACCACCUCCCCCCCCCCAUAACACAAAAACUCAUCAGCCACCUUCUCAAACAAAUUCAAGAUUUGGCCAUCGAUGGGUUCCGAUCAAACCAAAUCGACCUUGGACACGGAGAAAUCAACCGUGCCAGGAAGCUCCACCACGACGAAGAGUUGUUGGCUAACUCAAGUUGUUCUAAGAUUAUUUUUAUUUGCAGCUACUUUGACAUCAAUUGUGGUAAUGGUUACAAGUAACCAGAGCAAGACAAUUCCUGGAACUCCCAUUCGUAUGCCUGAUGCCAAGUUCACCCACUCGCCGGCUUUUAUAUACUUUGUGGUAGCAUUAUCGGUGGCUUGCUUUUACAGCAUUCUAUCUACACUUGCCACCGUAUCUGCUUUUAAGAAGCCUUCUUCUUGCUCUGCGAUUCUCUUGCUAAAUCUUGCCAUCAUGGAUGUGGUGAUGGUAGGGAUAGUGGCGUCAGCAACCGGAGCAGGAGGUGGAGUAGCGUACAUUGGUCUCAAGGGCAACAAAAACGUGAGAUGGAGCAAAAUCUGUCAUGUUUACGACACAUUUUGCCGUCAUGUCGGAGGCGCAAUCGCUGUCUCAUUGGUCGCGUCGAUCAUCCUCCUCCUCCUCUCCAUCAUAUCAGUCCUCUCCCUUUACAGGAGAAUCCGUUGAUUCACUCUCUUUUUCUUUGAAUCUUUCCUUUGUCAAUUCAUAUAUAGUGAUCUCAUUCUUGUUUUUGCUUUGUUGGUCUGUCGUAGUUGAACUUUGUGUUUUUAACUUUGUAGUAUUAAUUUGUUUUGUUUUCUUUGAUUUUGUAUACUUGUAAGCCGAUGUUUUUAGUUAAUCUAUGUAUGUUGUUUGUAGUGAUGAUUUCCUUCAUAGUUAAAUGUUUUUUCGUUUAAUUUCUUGGAUCCCGUUUGCUACCAAGUUUUAGGCAAUUGUGGUUCAAUACAAUGUUUA